GAAGAAAAACAUCCUGCCCCUACCAUCGCCUUUUCCGGUACUGACUACAUUAACAAACCACUUCGUUGUUCUCUGCAAUAUUGACUCAACAUACUGACCAUUUGUUGUUAUAUAAACAAAAGACCAACAUGGCAGAGGUCAUUCAAAAGAAACUAAACACCGAGUUGGAAAAAUAUACUCAGAUGCAAAAAGAUGUCAGCAAGAGCAUGGCAGCCCGACAGAAGCUGGAGACGCAGCUCGCAGAGAAUAAUAUCGUCAAAGAGGAGCUAGAUAUACUUGACAGUGCUAACACGGUAUACAAAUUGAUUGGCCCUGUUUUGGUAAAACAAGACUUGGACGAGGCCAAAGCGACUGUGACAAAAAGGCUGGAAUACAUCAACGGAGAGAUUCAGCGGUAUGACACGCUCCUGAAAGACUUGGAGAAGAAGUCCGACCAGCACCGACAGCUUUUGUCCAGUUUACAGCAGGAGUUUCAGAAAGCACAAGGCCUCGCUGUCGGGAAAAUCUGACCAAGUGAAGAUCGAUGCAGCAAAACACAUAGAGACACCCACACUUCACAGAGGUGGAAGAUGCCAUUGAAAUCCACCUGCAAAUGUCGUUCAUCUGCAGCUUUACUGUUGCAACUUAGUGUUUGUAACUAAUAAACUUUAUUAUUAUUUUUA